AUGUGGAUCAACUUGGCUGUGUUUGUAGUCGCUGUGUUUGUAGUGGUCUACUUGACAGUGGUAGCCUUUUCCCAUACACCCAGAGAAGCCUACUCCAGUGAACAGAAGUACACUACCAACGAUGGAACUGGAAAAUUAUACGAUUUGCCAGCUCGGAUCGACUCCAAGAGCCCGGAUUACAAGGAUAAUGGCAUCGAAUUGAGCAUCAUAAUCCCAUGCUACAACGAGACAAAGAGACUUGGGAAAAUGUUGGACGAAGCGUUUGAAUACUUGAAUGAAAAAUACCCUGGAAAAUAUGAGAUUUUGAUCGUGGACGAUGGCUCUUCCGAUGGAACAGACAAGUUUGCGCUAGAAAAAGCCAACGAGUACAACCUCAAGCCACACACCAUGCGAGUGAUCGAAUUAGCCAAGAACAGAGGCAAAGGUGGUGCUGUUACCCACGGUUUGUUACACUCUAGAGGUAGACUCUCGUUGUUCGUAGAUGCCGAUGGGGCCACCAAGUUCGCUGAUAUCGACAAUUUGAUUACUUAUUUGGAUGGGUUGAAGGAAGGUGAAGCUGGUGUAGCUAUUGGUUCGCGUGCACACAUGGUUAAUACUGAUGCUGUCGUCAAGAGAUCGUUCAUCAGAAACUUCUUGAUGUACGGAUUGCACACUUUGGUGUACAUCUUUGGCAUUCGUGACGUCAAGGACACACAGUGUGGAUUCAAGAUGUUCAACUACAACGCUGUCAAGAACAUUUUCCCCCACAUGCACACCGAGAGAUGGAUCUUUGAUGUGGAGGUAUUGCUUUUGGGUGAAAUACAGAACAUGAAGAUCAAAGAGUUGCCGGUGAACUGGCAGGAAAUUGACGGAUCCAAGGUUGACUUGGCCAAGGACUCAAUUGAAAUGGCCAUUGAUCUUGUAGUCACAAGAAUAGCAUACUUAUUGGGCAUAUACAAACUUGACGAAUGUGGAAGGUCCAGCAAGAAGAACAUCUAG